AUGCUCGACGAAGAAUGUAUUGUUCCAAAAGCAAAUGAUAUGACAUAUGUUGACAAACUGACUAAUCAACAUCUUGGCAAGCAUCCAAACUUCCAGAAGGCGAAACCACCAAAGGGAAACCAAGCACCAGCUCAUUUUGCUGUCGUUCACUAUGCCGGUACCGUUCGAUACAACGCUGAUCAGUGGCUGGAGAAGAACAAGGACCCACUGAAUGAUUCAGCAGUGGCCGUGCUAAAGACGAGCGAUAAAACCCGUCUAAUCUAUCAAAUCUGGGAGGACUACAUGACGGAUGUGGACAGAGAAGAAUUCGCUGCACGAGGCAAGACUCAAGACCGCAAGAAAGGCAAAUCAGCUUCUUUCCUUACUGUAUCAACGAUGUACAGGGAGUCACUUGCCAGUCUCAUGUCUAUGCUUCACAAAACACAUCCGCAUUUCAUCAGGCUUUUUAGGCAUCAAAAGAAAAUGCUCGAGAGACUCGUCAAGGAGGAUAAAAUCAAAGAUGAAAAUUUCAAAGUUGGUUCAACUAAAGUCUUCUUCCGUGCCGGUAUUGUCGCCAAAAUGGAAGAACUACGUGAUGCUGCACUCACGAAGGUGAUUGUAAAGUUCCAGUGCGCGGUACGGUGCUAUCUAGCACAGGUUAGUCACUACCUUUAUUGUUGA